AUGGCGCUCGUCGAGCGCAACGCGGUGCCAGACGUCGUGCUGCGCGCGGGAAUACGCCGUAACCUGCGCGUGAAGUGCCUGAAAACGUUCGCGAACGUCGAAGAUGAGCUGCGAUGCGAGCAGGAUUUCAUCGAGGAUUUGCGCCGACGGGAAACGAUCGCGAUCGAGACGGACAAGGCGAACGAACAGCACUACGAGGUGCCGACGUCGUUUUACGAGCUCUGCCUCGGGUCUAAGAAGAAGUACUCGUGCUGCUUGUACGAGGACGCGAGGACGACGCUGGACGACGCCGAGACGGCGAUGCUGGAAAAGUAUUGCGAGCGAGGCGAAUUGAAAGACGGGAUGGCCGUGCUCGAGCUCGGGUGCGGAUGGGGGUCGCUGUCGCUGUAUCUCGCGGAAAAGUACCCGAAAUCGAAGAUCUGUGGGGUGAGCAACAGUAAGACGCAAAAAGAGUUUAUCGACGGCGAGGCGGCGAAACGAGGGCUGACGAAUUUGGAAAUCGUCACGCAAGACGUGAAUAAGUUUGAACCGCCGGGAGGGUUGGGGUCGUACGAUCGAAUCGUUUCCAUCGAAAUGUUUGAGCACAUGAAGAAUUACGACACGCUGUUCCAGCGGUGCGAGACGUGGUUGAAACCGGGUGGGUGCAUGUUCGUCCAUAUAUUUUGCCACAAGACGUACCCGUUUCACUACGACGUCGAGGACGAGAGCGAUUGGAUGUCCAAGUAUUUUUUCACCGGUGGCACGAUGCCGACGGAUAGGAUGUUUGCGUACUUUGCGCGAAAGUUGCACUUAAAGCGACAGUGGCGCGUGAAUGGAAAGCAUUAUUCGAGGACGUGCGAGGAUUGGCUCCGAAAUCUCGACAAAAACUAUAAAAAAGCGGCGCCGAUUUUGGACGAAACGUACGGCAAACAAAAUCGCACGAAGUGGUACGUGUAUUGGAGGUUGUUCUUUCUCAGCUGUUCCGAGCUCUUCAAUUACAACGACGGCAAUGAGUGGUACGUCGGGCACUAUUUGUUCGAGAAGCUCGCGUGA